AUGGCCCAGCAUCACCCCAUUGGAAACCUGUCGUCUUCAGGGAUCCCGGAAGCCAUGGCCACGCAUCGGCCCUCAUCCGCCAGUCUGCCUCCGUCCCACCACACUGGGUACGUGUCUCCUGGUCCUGCGACGCACUAUGGCCUUCCACGACCGUCUUCAGCUCUCCAGCGGCCGACAGGCGACCGGCACGCCCCUCCCAGCCCAGGGUACGCGGGCGUCGGAGGCGGCAACGCCUACCCUGCCGCCGCCGCCGCCGCUUAUUCUCCGGCACCCUCUUUCUCUUCGCCCUCGCCUGCGGCAACCGGCAGCCGAGCAAAUGCUGUCUCAGGUGGCUGCGCGGGUGACUCUGCGGGGCCGCCGGGUGCGACCUACAUGCAUGCAGGAAACUACGCUCCUUCGUCUGGGGGCGCCGCAGUCGCUUCCCACCCGCCCGCGUCUUCUGUGCCCUACGCGCACACGCGCGGCAUGCCCCAGCAGGCUGCGUUCGCUUCUUCGUAUCCCGCCUCCGCCGCGUCGAACGGUGGAGGGGCGUCUUCAUCGACGGCCCACUUUGCGCAGCGCGGCGUAGGACGCGCUCCUGUCGCUCUCGGCAGCUCGUCCUCCUCUCCGAACUUCGCGAGCGAAGACAUGGCUCAGCAAUGCUCGCCUCACCUUCUUCACGCUGGCAGCCACGGGAGCGCACAGCAGCAGCGGCCAGCGGGCGCCGUCUCCCCUGCGCCUGUCUCCCAGAUGGCCUCCGCUGCAGCAGCUCAGUAUGCCGGUCGCAGCUCCAUGCAGCCGCCUACGCCACCUUUCCAUUCCCGCUCGCCGGCGGCCCCGCAGCACCCCGGCGGAGCGCCACAGGGUGGAGGCAGCUACGGGGCUAGCGCGGGGUCGUUUUUUCCAGGCUCACCUCUCGCGCCUCGCUCUCCGUACGCGCCAGACACUCCCUCAGCCCAACCACCGGGCCACGCGAAUGCAGCUGCAUUCAAUGUGGCGAGCGCAGCAUCGUCGGCGUACGCACAGCGGGCGAGCGCUUCGUCCUCCGACGUAGGAGGCCAUCCAUCACGAUUCUAUGCCGCCCCCUCCGCGUCGCGGCCUCUGGGAACUCCUGUACCCGGUCAGUCAGGGGCCUCCGCCCUCCCUUCCUGUGGGGCGGGGGCGCCGCCCGCGGUCGCUUCGGAGCAGCAGAUGGCCUCGACGGCGUCGGCGCAAUGCAGACGAAGUUCAUCGCCUGCGUAUUCGUCUUCUCUGUACCAACCUGCGUCGUGCCCUCCUCAGUCUUUCUCCCUUUCUCAGACCCCCGCUCCUGGGGCGGGGUUUGGAGGUGUCUCUGAAAUCUACGCCUCGCACAGCAGCCGCAGCCUCGUGUCAGAUGGGUCGCAGAACAGAAGUCCGAGUGGCCCUGGCGUCUCUGCUGCGGCGGAGGGAGGGGGCGCUGCGCUUCCCAUCUCGCAAUCCGCAUCGUUCUCCUCGAUGCAGCGGCGCGCUUCUACAUCUGUCUCAGAAAGUGCCCCUCUUCACCGCACGGGUGGGGCCCCGAUGCAGGGAGGGGACUUCUCUCCGCAGUUCCCGGGGGCACUUCGGCCGGGCGCGGGGUCGAAAGUACCCACUGCCUCCCCGCAGUCGUCUUACCCUCAGUCGUUUGGGCACGCGGGCCCGCAGGGGCCACCUGCGUCUGCAUUUCAGGGAGGGCAGCAGGGGCCUCGGCUUCAGCAGGACUUGAGGGGCGUCCCGAUGCCGGGAGGAAGCGGCAGAGGGUGUGGAGGGGACUUGCGGGCCGAAGAGUUGAUCGGAAGACAGGGAACUGCGCACAGCCCAGGCCUGGAGGCGAGUCCUGCGCCAGGCUCUUCGUCUUUUCCAGGUUAUGUCAGCCCUGCUGGCAGUUCGGUACGCCAUCAGUCUUCCUUUGCCUCGCGGGCACCAACUCCCCCGCCGAAUGCCCGCGCUGUGUCUCCUUUGAAGGCUGCUAACGCUGACGUGCAUCAGGCGCCUUCAGUGUCUCUGUCAGGCGCCUCUCCAGAGGCACCGGGGGUCGCUGCGCCUGGCGAGAGCGCCCACUCCGCUUUGCUGGGCAGCGGCGGGUGUGGUGAGGCUGGGGCAGUCCGGAGAGGCCAGACAGGGUCGGCGUUAGCGGAAGCGUAUUCUGCCUCGUCGGCAUCUGUGCAGGGCCCUCGGUCGACGCCUCCUGGAGGGGCGCCCUCGCCGGGAGCCGGAGAGUCUUCUCUCCAGGCGCCCCGCGAGCCGCCUCACCCCUCCUCAGUCGGGCACCUCGCUUCUGCUUUCUCCUCGAAACCUGGUACAAGCGUGCCUUCAAAACCGGCUACAGCUUUGCCUUCUGGCUCGAAAACUCUGCCGGUGUCUUUGUGUGCGCGCGGGGGAGAGGGAGAGGUCGCUGGGGGCGGCGGGGGCGUCGCCACCCUGUCUGUCGCAGGUGCGACCGGAGGAACCGGCAGGCAGCUGCUGAAGACUCUCAACUUCUCCAAGACGCUGUUUGUGACUGAGUCCUUCACUGACAAGAAGCUGAAUGUGGCGAGCAACACACUGCGGAAGAACUACGAAAAUUUCGUCCUCAUCAAAAGCAAAAACGCGAUCGUUAUCCCAGGCCCCAAGAAAACGAAGGACCAGCCCAGAGGCACAAUUGUGGCUUACAACAGCGGAUAUAUCGUCGCUGCGGCCACGCGUGAGCAGUUCGUGGGGAUGAAUUUGCCUUCCGCCUCAGCUGAAGCAGGAGGCGGGUCUGGAGGCAAGAAGGCCGGCGCGGUGCCCGCGUCGGCGCAGGCGAGCGCGACCACACAGCCGGGCACGGAGGCAGGCGGUACUUUUUCCGCAGCCGCGGCGGCGCAGACGAGCGCGCCGAUUUAUGCAGACUGGAUUCGGAAGAAGUUUCGGUCGCAUGACGCUGAGCCUCUGUGCCGCAACAAUGGCUUCACACGCCCUUUGACCGUGGUGACGCGUGCAGACAUAGAGCCGCCUCAUGAGGUUUUCCUGGAAGAACUGCGCGACUUCCUCGUCCUGCACUUCCCUCAUUGGCUAACCGCGUAUGAUCCGGAAGUCGCGCCUUGCCUCAUCGUCUGCAAGGCGAAUCCGAACCCUCAGGCUUCAUCGCCCGCAAAGCCGACAGCAUCCGUGAGGCAAAACACCUCCGGGGCGUCUCAGACCGACGCGGAGGGCGACGGAGGCGCGGUAAACAGCUUGCAGGCGAAACCAGAAGAAUUGGUCAGAAACGCAUCUGGCGGAGGGACUGCACGCGCAGACGCUGCCUCCUCAGCGCGUGCGCCUCGUUCUUGCAGCAGCGGCGGUAUUCUCGGCACGUCUUCGGCGCCGCCCUUUUCCUGCCGGAGCAAGCGCCCCUUCUCAGUCGUGUCGGGCGCGUCAGGGGAUCCUACGCAGUUCAGCUUGGAAAUGGAUAACGUCUCGCUGGCGUGGGGAGUCGACACUUCUCAGCUGUUUUUUCCUCAUCUUCCGUCCCACGUGCAUUUGUGGCCGCCCGAGGAGAAAAUCGCGCAGUGGAGGCGGCGGGACGGAGAGGCUCGUGCGGAGAAUUGCAGCUUUCUGCAGUGCAAGUUUGUCAUUGGGGCUCGACACGUUAUCGCCCAUGGACUCAAAAGCCAGCAAGACGUGUACGCGGCAAUGAUGGAGUUCUGGCCGAUUCUCAGGUAUUUCACUGCGCCUUCGCAUUUGCGCUUCCGGAGCGUCGGCGCCUCUGCCAGGGCUGCUGACAUGCCUUGGGGAGACAACAGUGGAGGCCUGACUCCCUCCAAGAGCGAGACUUCGGGUGUCCACCGAAGGUUCGGCGAAGACGAAGCGUGGCCGAGGGCGGAGGUCGUGUCGAUCGCUGCAGAGACGCCCCCAAAAUCCGAUAUUCUGGGCGAGUCACGAAAGCGCGCGCGCGGCGGAGCCGGGGCGCCGAAGGCGCCACUGGCUGCGCCUGCGCGGCCUGCAGUGUCGCUUCCUUCGUGCCCCGUUGGACGCGGCGGCCUUGCCAAAGAGAGAGCGCUGGAGGAGUUCCGGAGCUCGCCAGCAGCCCAGGGUGACCCCAGAGCCGGCCGGGCUGAGGCGCCGUGGCCUGCCACUGCCGGCUCCAGUGACGGCUUUUCUUCGCGGACAGUGGAGGCGACGCUUCGCAGGGAGGGGGCCGCCGAAGGCGCGGAAUGGACAGCCGAGGGCCGACCUGCGGCGCAAGCUGCGUUGUGA